AUGGAUGUGAACAGCUUGUUUGAUGUCAAGGGCAAGGUCGUCCUGGUGACAGGAGGAGCCAAAGGAAUUGGCCGAAUGAUCUCCGAGGGCUUCGUCGCCAACGGGGCAAAGGUCUACAUUUCCUCGCGGGACGGCAAGGCAUGCGACCAGGCCGCCGAGGAGCUCACGGCCCUAGGCAAGCCCUCAGGCGGCAGCGCCUCCUCCCUUCCCGCGGACCUGCAGUCCCUAGACGCCUGCAAGAGCCUCGCCGCGGAGCUGUCCAAGCGCGAGCCCGCCGGCCUCGACGUGCUGGUCAACAACUCGGGCGCGGCGUGGGGCGAGCCCCUCGAGACGCACCCGGACGCCGCCUGGACGAAGCUGCUGACCCUCAACCUGCAGCGCGUCUUCACCCUGACGCAGCUGCUCAUCCCGCUGCUGGAGAAGAAGGGGGGCUCGGCCUCGCCCUCGCGCAUUAUCAACAUCGGCAGCAUCGAUGCCCUCCGCGUCCCCACGAUGGAGAAUUAUGCGUACAGCGCCUCCAAGGCCGGGCUGCACCACCUCACCCGCACGCUGGCGGUGGCCCUGGGCCCGAGGGGCGUCACCGUCAACACCCUCGCGUGCGGGCCGUUCCCGUCCAAGAUGAUGCGCGCCGUGCUCGCCUCGGCCGGCGACGCCAUCGCCGAGGCCAACCCCCUCGGCCGCAUCGGCACCCCGCAGGAUGCGGCCGGCGCGUGCCUGUUCCUGUGCGGGCGGGCCGGCGCGUUUGUCAACGGGGCCACCCUCGCGCUCGAUGGGGGCGUGAGCUUGCUCGCCAGGCUGUGA